GGUGGAGCGGUGCGCGGCGCGCGGCGGCCAUGGACGCGCACGGCGCCUCGUGACGCGCGACGAGACGCUACGGCCGCCGACAGUGCCGUGCAGUGGAGAGACGGACGGGCAGGGCCGACACCCGGGACAGCCAUGGAAGGCGGACGGCCGGGACGCUGCCGGCGGAGGCGACCACCGCAGACGCUGCUGCUCUGUCUCGCGCUGCUGCUGGCUUCCGGUGCCUUGGAGGCGACUGAACUGGCCCUGAGCUCCGGGGCCACGACUGCGCUCCAUGCUCCGGACAGGUCACCCCCAAGUCCGAGCGUCUCGUCCGAUCACAUCGAGCGGCGAGGCUCCUCCAGUGGCGGUGGAGUGCACAGACGAUCAGCCGUCAGAGCCAACAGUGCGGACGCAGCGGAGAGCGGUGCGACGACAGCGGUGCUCGCGGUGAAUAGUGGCGGCACCAGGGGCGUGGCACCGCCGUCAGCUGAAUUGGCUGUGAUGUGGGGCGGUGAGACCGCCGAAGGUCUGGCACCGCGGGCGUCGGCAGAGGUCAGGCGCGCAGAGGUCAGGUCGGCAGAGGUCAGGUCUGCGGAGGGACUCCACGCGGAGUCACUGGCGCUCGCGACCGCGGCCGCGGCCGACGCGUCCGAGCCGGUCCAGGUGACGUCCGGCCGGCUGCUGCCGCUCGUGCCCGUCUCGCUGGUGAUACCCUCGGCGCGGGUGCAGCGGUCGGUGACGCCCACCGAGAACCAGCCUUCCGAGACCUCGCCCCGCCAGACGCGCGAGGCAACCGUCAUCGCGCCGCCGCCUGGCGGCCGCCAGAGCCCAUCGCCCUGGGAGCCGCGCGCCAGCUUCUCGUCGCAGGACGCGGCCGGUGAGCGGCGCGAUGGCCGCGCCGGCAAGCCGGACGUCAACAGCGUGCUCAACAGCAUCAUCAGCUUGCUGGGCGACAACGUGCGGCUGGUGGGUCCGCCGGCCGACCGCGCGCCCAACCGAGGCCCGAACAGGCAGCGGCCGCGACCGCGACCGCCCGGCAACCGACCUGUGGCGCCCACGCGCAUCAACAACCGCGGUCCGCCGCAGUUUGUGGCUGUAAAGAACCGGCCGGCGGUGCGGCCGUACCCGAGCCACCUGCCGCCGCCGCUGCGGCCGCAGCCCCGCCCGCGGCCCCAGCCGCAGCAGCGGCCGCCCAUCGCGCCGUACGCCAACGGCGUUCCGCUGCCCGAGCAGCUGGUGCCGCUGCGAGGGUUCGGCGGCGGCCGCCGACCGCCCCCGCCGCAGACGCCCUCCGGACAGCCCUACGUCUUCCCAGUGGAUAUCAACCAGCUGCGCAGGCCAGGAGACAUCAUUACCGAGCCAGACGCCGUCAACAACGUGGUCUCCAUCGACGGUCGGCGCACCUACUUUGACCUGGCGCCCACCGACGCCACCAAGGCAGACGGCCAGCGCCGCAGGCCGUCACCGCCGCCCAUCCGGAUCGACACGUGUAUCGUGGGCGACGACAGCACGUGCAAGCGCGAGUACAACGAGCGGUGCCGGACGGAGGACGGCGUCUCGUCGUGCCUCUGCCGGCCCGGCUACAACCGGCUGCGGCCUCGCACGGCCUGCAAACGUGUGGUGUCGGUGGUGAUGUCGGUGAAGGUGGACGGCGUCGGAGACCAGCGCCUCUCCUGGGACUCGUCGCUGGCCGACCCGGACUCCGAGGUCUUCCAGCAGCUGGCCUGGGACGCUCAGCACGCCAUUGGCUCGGCCAUGUCCGGCACCACCAUGCGCGACAUCUACAUGGGGAACCGGGUAAGCGCGUUCUACCCGCUGUCCGGCGGCGUGGUACUGAACACGACGGUCAGCCUGCUGGACACGGCGCAGACGCGGCGGCGCCAGGUCAAAGACGAACUGCAGCGUCAGAUGGUGCGUGCCAUCAAGGCCAGCGACAACAACAUCGGCGACUCGACUCUCUUUGUCGAGGGCCCGCUCAACCCAGUGCCCGGCGUACAAGACCUGAACGAGUGCAGCGAUCCUGACCAGCACGACUGCGACGAGCACGCCGAGUGUAGCAACGUGUUCGGCAGCUUCCUCUGUCGCUGUCAGCCCGGAUACGACGAUAGGUACCGCAGCGACGUGCAGAGGGCCGGCCGGUACUGCGACUCGUGCACUGACGACUACUGCAGCGACCGCGGCACCUGCCAGAUCUACGACGGGGAGAAGACCUGCCUAUGUCGCGGCUCGUACUACGGCGCGCGUUGUGACGUGGACGGCGAGGUGCUGGGCGCGGCGCUGGGCGCCACAGCCGCAGCCGCCCUCGUUAUCGUGGCCACCUUCAUCUGCCUCUGCAAAUGGAGCAAACGCUGGCACCGCGGCCAGGGCCACAACAAGGUCGAGAUGGGCACGCUGGGCGCCGCCAGCGGCUACUCCUUCAUGAAGCCGUCGGCGGCGGCCGCGGCGCACGCCAACUUUGCCCUCUCGAUGGAGGAGCGCAUGCGCUGGGCGCAGAUGGCUGAGGCGAUGGGCCACCAGAAUCUGUACGCGGUCCCCAUGUACGCCUCCCACCCAGCGCUGAACCGCUCCGGCACCGUGCACUCCUCUAUGCCACGCCACCCGCCCGGGGCCGUGCACCUCUCGCUGGCGCGCAGCCGCGCGGGUGCCGUUCACUCCUCCCUAGACUACAUCCUGACCCCAGUGGUGGCGGCGCCGCGCUCUCGACACGGAUCGGGCGGCGGCGCCUUCUCCCGCACCCUCUCCCUGCCUCCCCAGCAGCGGGUGGCCUCGCCCAAGGCCGGCCCCUGGUGGCUGCCCGCCCGCCUCCGGGCCAGCAAGAAGACGCUGUCCAGGAGCGGCGAAAAACCGGAGCCGCUGUACGGGGCCGGAGGGGUGCCGCUAUACGCCUCGCAGCCCAACCUACAGGGCACCAUGGCGGACGGGCCGGCCAGCCUCAACCUCACGAGGAACGGUCGGCCGGCGUUCGCGGCGCAGGCCAUGCGCUGCAUGACGCCGGUGUACAGCGGCGGGGAGCGGCUGGCG